AUGGCUAGAGAAAUUGGAGUUGCAACCCACACCUUUAACCCUAAAUCUGGCAGCAACAAGGAUUUAAUUGCUGCAUUUGACAAUACUGAACCUUCUGUCGUAAUGGAAUGUAAUGGUGCAGAACCAUGCAUUAAAAGUUCCAUUGAUAUUUUGAGAGUUGGUGGACGCCAUAUUCAAAUUGGUAACUCUUCAAAGCCUGUUUCUUUCCCAAUGAGAGAGUUUACUACUAAAGAUGGAAUGUAA